GCCUCUGGUUCCGUAGGAAGCGGCCGUUGUCCGGGGAGACGCAGUCCCGCGGAGCGCCGGGCCCGGGGCCGAGCCGGGGAUGUGGCGGCUGCUGCUGGCGCUGGCCUGGCUCUUUAGGCCCUUCCCUGCAGGGGCGGCGGCGGAGCAGAGUGCCGGGGAGCAGCCGCAUGCCCCCGAGAGCGGCGAGCCGGUGCGGUACCGGACUGCGGAGAUGGCGGACGCUAUGUUGGGCAGCGGGCUCCCCGCGCAGCAGGCCGUGACGCUCUCGGCGGUGCCGGGGGGGGCGCAGGGCGGCCAGGCCCUCCCCGUCGCCAGAGGCGCUUGCGGUGCUGCGGCCGGAGGCGAUGCGUGCGUGGCAGGCAGCAGCCCUGAAGUUGCCCUCGGGCCGGCGGGCGGCCAGGGUAGGGAGCAGGCUGUGCUGGAGACUGUACCGCCUGCGCCUGCCGAGGAGCCGAACAACACUGACAGCGCCAAAGCUCCCAAAGUGAACUGCGAGGAGAGAAACACUACCGGUAUCGACCGCUUCACGGUGCAGAUCCUGAACGUGUCCCAGGACCUGAUGGAGUUCCUGAACCCAAACAGCAGUGACUGUACCUUAGUCCUGUUCUACACACCCUGGUGCCGCUUUUCCGCCAGCCUGGCACCCCACUUUAAUUCUUUACCUCGGGCCUUUCCAGCUCUUCACUUCCUGGCACUGGAUGCAUCUCAGCACAGCAGUUUAUCAACCAGAUUUGGAACCGUGGCUGUCCCCAAUAUCCUCCUUUUCCAAGGUGCUAAGCCAAUGGCCAGGUUUAAUCACACAGACAGGACGCUGGAAACGCUCAAAGACUUCAUUUUUAACCAGACAGGUAUAGAAGCUAAAGGUGCCGUGGCUGUGACCAAGGAGGACUGGGAGGGUCCCCUGCCCAGCGUUCUGACCAAAGGCAUCGACUGGCUGCUGCUCUUCUCUGUGCUUUUCCUGGCCAGCUUUGUCCUGUAUGCCACUGUUCGGACCGAGAGCAUUCGCUGGCUUAUCCCUGGGCAGGAGCAUGAGCACCAGGAGUAGCUGGAGGUGCUGACACAGGGCCACAGUUCCCCAGCAGUGGUGACCUGGGAAUCUGUAUGGACUGGGAGUACAGAAGAGUGAACCCUUAAAUGUCUUGGCUAUAAUUUAUAAUCCUGACUGCAAAUCUGCUUUGUUUUCCAAUGGACUUAUCAAAAGCAAAGUCAAGGUGGUUCAUGUGGGAAGUAACAAACACGACCCAGUCUGAGCCAAACCGGUGUUUAUGAAGCUGCUCUGGCAGCUUGCUUCUCAUGGACCUUGCUGCACAGGCUCUGCUUUGCUCUUCUGAAGAGCUCCCUGUGUGUUAAGACUGAUACAGUGAGAUCGUUACUGCACUUUGGCCCUGCUUGGCACAGCAGCAGAGCUGCAAGCUGGGGACCCUGUGCAGCUCCUGCAGACAUGGGAACCGGAGCGUCCGGGUGGCUGACGUGGGCAGCACGGAACGAGGCUGCGUUAGCCCACGCGGGUCAUGCAGCUUUUGACUGCUGUGUUCGGAGGGGACGUGCUGCUGAGUGCUGAUGUUGCUGAACUAGUUUGACACUCAGUAAAGUAAACCAGGAAGGAAAAGGCACUUUGAAAGAGUGGGCUUCAGGUGAGCUGUUACAGACCAGUGGCAGUUCAGAAAGGUGCCACAGCUCGUGGCAGGGUGACUGUUUCCCACCUUGGUGCUAGGGUUACAGCCUGCUGCACCUUCUGGGUUCUGAGUUUCAUGGCAGGGCCUUCUAGGAGGUAAAGUAACCUGCAGAACUCAACUCACCUCAUUCUCUUUAACACAACUUCUCUAUCCCAUUCCUAGAGAAUUAAAUCUGCCACUGUCCUUACUAGUUUUAAAAUAAACCAAGUUUUAAUGCAA